CACUUGUCAUGCAGAGGAGGAGGGAGGACGGCUCGGCUCGGCCCGGCCCUGUUUUCUAUAUUUAACUCGAGCUACAAACACACGGAGCAGCGUAAAGGUCUCUGCUGUGGAUAAAUAGGUACAUGUGGUGCAGGAAGCCUCAACAUGCACCCCGGACAGGAGUGAACUAACAGGAACAUUGGUGAAUAAGGGGAAAGGGAUUUCCGCUAUAAAAGUGAUUUUUGCACUUCCGCUUGAUGACUUCGAUCUGCUGUCUCCGCAGACUCAAGUUGAAGAUUUGACAAGGUAAAGCAGAGGCAAACAUCUGCCUCUGGACUCAGAAACCAGCAUGGAUGGACUGUUCUUUGAGGUGAAGCCAGAAGCAGGUGAAGCCCAGAGGCCUCGGAGCUUUGACAAACCUAGUCAUGGUCUAACCCCGAACCACCACUCCUGUCCAGCCCUGUCACGCCUCACCUCUUCCCCUCCGAUAUGUUCUGGUGCUCGGGAGAGCAGCUCCACGUGGAGGGGGCAGGUGGAUGAAGGGGAGAUGAGGUACAAGCUGACUAUGAUUGGUUUUCGGACGGUCCACCAUCAGACCACCAUGGCCAUGUUGCCCUGGGUGGUGUCAGAGAUCUGCAGGUCUGCGAAGAAGGACCCAAGUGUCGGGUCACUUGUGACUGCAGGGGGUUCGAUGGAUCCGACUUUGUGUAAUAAAACAGUUUGCCUGUACGUGUCUGUAUCCUGGGUGCGGUGUGUGUCCGCCAUGGGAGAAUCAAGUCUCUGGGACCCUCUAACGCACACCGUCCUGUUUGAAUGUCGUCCUCACCAAGUGACCAAAAUGCUUCACAACAGUCAGGAGCCCAGUGUCUUUGCCUGCCUGGUCAGAGGGGUGCUGAAGUGUGCCUGCUACGUCUUCCAGUGCCUGGACUGCACCAAGGUCCCUGAGAUCAUCAGUACGUUAAGGCAGGCUGGCAAAAGUUCAGCACGCAACAAUGACAUCACUGUUGAUCCCAAUAAAACGUCCACUGGAACUGGAGGAGGUGAUUCUCCUGAAACAUUUGUUUCCUCUUCAACAAACUCCACAGAUCCUACCUCUGUUGUGUCUCCAACAACCUUUGCCAAAAAGUUUGAGGUACUGUUUUGUGGCAGAGUGAGUGUUGCCCACAAGAAAGCCCCACCCGCCCUAAUAGAUGAGUGCAUCGAGAAGUUCAGUCAGCUGCAUGGCUCCAGGACCACUGAUAAAGGAGGAAAUAGUGGGGGACUGGUGGAUGGGUUGAGGAGGGCUUUAAGCUUCCAGUCCAACGGACUGGGAGGUGGUUCCGUUCGUAAUGGUGCAGCAGGGAGCACCACUUCUGGGACACCACCUGUUCUGUUUAAGCGGGACCCCAGCUUCCCCAGUCUACGUGCCCUGGAUGAGAACGGUCUCUCGCCGGAGAUUUCUAAUAUCAACACUACAGAUUCCCUCUCCUCUUCUACUAAAGUCCAGCCCACCAGCCUGCAGGAGAACCGGACCAUGCUGUUCACGGUGGGCAAGUCCCAGAUCUUCUUGGUCAGUCCAGACACUAAGAAAGUAGCCAUAGAAAAGAGCUUCAGAGAAAUCUCUUUCUGCUCCCAGGGAAUCCAUCACGUGGAUCACUUUGGCUUCAUCUGCCGAGAAACGGAUGAAAGUGGAAACUGGCACUUUGUGUGCUACGUCUUCCAGUGUACCGAUGAAUCAUUGGUGGAUGAAAUCAUGCUGACUUUAAAGCAGGCGUUCACUGUGGCGGCCCUGCAGCACAAUCAAAAGACUCAGAGCCAGCAGUGUGACAGCUGCCCCAUGCAGCAGCUCCACAGGCUGUGUGAGAGAAUAGAAGGUCUGCAUCCAUCUAAAACAAAACUGGAGCUUCAGAAACACUUGGCCACUUUGGACAAUGAUGAACAAGCUUCAGUUUUUGAGAACACUAUGCGAUCUCGUCCUAAGAGCGAUCAGGAAGAGAAUGAGUUAGUGAUGGCCUCUCUGAGGAGUCUGUGUGAGGAGAAGCAGAAGAACCAUCAGCACGUAGUGACUGGAGACAACAAACAGGUCUGUGAGGAUGCAGCUCCUCAGGAUACACCGCAGCAGAGCAGUAGUCGCCUGGAGGCGUUCAAGAGCAGAGCAAAACGCUCGCUUACCGAGUCUUUAGAAGGCAUCUGGAAGGGAAGCAGCAGGUCCAGACCUCAGAGGGACAACAGUCAGGGAAGUGAGAGCAGCUCUUCUUUUACAUUCAACAGCAGCCAAGAGCAGCCUUCUCUCGAUGAUGCCUUGUCUUCCUCGCCUCAGCGACGACCCACCAGCCCACUCAAAGGCCACAGCUCAGCAGGGGACCUAAAACGUCUCGAUAGGUCUCCCCCUCGGUCCUCCUCUUCCUCUCUCCCCGGCGACCCUGAGCUGCAGGGCUUCCGCCGACGAGCCAGCACGUUCAGCCAUUCCCCCACCCCUUCCUCGUUACUCGAGUGUUCCCCGUCCCAGAAGCUAUCCCACGCAGGGCAGGACCCCAGUGCAGCUACCAAACCCAAGCUCGUACGACACUACUCCGUCAGCACUGACUCUCCACACCAGAGCAAAAAUCUCCCAAACGACUCCACUCUUCCUCCACUUCCUUCCUGCUCUCCAUCACACUCUCCUCUCCUUGUUCGUCAUCCUUCCUCACCUUCUGCUGGAGCCAGGUUUAAUAAGAGAAGUACUCUGGGUGGUCUCCGUGCCCGUCUCCACUCCUCCUCCUCUGUCCCUAAUUUUCUGAAAUUUCAAUUUCUGGCUCCUGUCCAAGAGCAUGAUUGUCCCGAGCCAAAGAACAGCGAUGUAGCUGGUCUUUCUACAUCGACACAUGAAAGUCCUCUGCGCAACCACCGGCACUCAUGGAGGCAGCAGAUCUUCCUACGAGUCGCUACGCCUCAGAAAGGCACAGAUACGAGCGAACCGGUGGAUUCUGGUUUGGAUGUGGCUCGAAUGUGCGUGGGCCCGGUGGCUGUUGUAGGAAAUCGAGACUCUUCCAUGAGAGCGGUGCCAGAGGAGGCGACAAAGAGGAGCAGAGAGGAGCUGAGGGAGCUGUGGAGGAAGGCCAUCCUGCAGCAGAUCCUGCUGCAACGGAUGGAGAGGGAGAACCAGAAGCUACAAGCCUCAGAGAGUGAUCUGCAGAACAAGCGCCUGAAGUUGGACUACGAGGAAAUCACUCCAUGUCUAAAGGACGUCACUCUGGUGUGGGAGAAAAUGCUGGGAACUCCUGGGAGAUCAAAGGUCAAAUUUGACUUUGAGACCAUCCAUGAUGCUGUUGCACAAGGCGUCCCGAGGCAGCAUCGAGGUGAGAUCUGGAAGUUCCUCUCUGAGCAGUUCUUACUCAGGCAGACGGUUCCCUCUCGGCCUCCGUCCAAUCACACUCCGUACAAAGAGCUGCUGAAACAACUCACCUCGCAGCAACACGCCAUCCUCAUAGACCUGGGUCGCACUUUUCCUACCCACCCGUAUUUCCAAGCCCAACUGGGGGCAGGACAGCUCUCACUGUACAAUAUACUGAAAGCCUACUCACUGCUCGACCCUGAGGUGGGUUACUGUCAGGGCCUGUCCUUCAUUGCUGGAGUGUUGCUUUUACACAUGGGGGAGGAGGACGCCUUCAACAUGCUCAAAUUUCUCAUGUUUGAUGCUGGUCUGCGGAAACAGUACAGGCCUGACAUGAUCAUCCUGCAGAUUCAGAUGUACCAGCUGUCACGGCUGCUUCACGACUACCACAGAGAUCUGCACAGCCACCUGGAGCAGCAGGAGAUCGGGCCCAGCCUGUACGCCACCCCCUGGUUCCUGACUUUAUUCGCCUCACACUUCCCCCUGGGCUUCGUGGCCCGAGUGUUCGAUAUGUUGUUUCUGCAGGGUUCAGAGGUCAUCUUCAAAGUGGCGUUGAGUCUUCUCGGCAGCCACAAGCCUCUUAUUCUGCAGCACGACAGCCUGGAGUCCAUAGUGGACUUCAUUAAGACCCUGCUGCCCAACCUGGGCCUGGUGCAGAUGGAGAAAACAAUCAACCAGGUUUGUGAGAUGGACGUGUCCAAGCAGCUGCAGGCCUACGAGGUGGAGUACCACGUGCUGCAGGACGAGCUCCUGGACACCCCUCCAACCCUCAACCAGCAGCAGAGAGCCGCGCAGCUGGAGCGGACCAAUCAGAGCCUCCGGCAGCAGAACCUGGACCUGCUGGAGGAGCUGCAGGUGUCCCACGCUCGAGUCUGCAGCCUGGAGAGUCGAGUGGAGGCUUUGAGCCAGUCGGAGGGCCAGCUGAAGGAGCAGGUCUCUGCUCUGGAGGAGGAGAAGCAGCAGCUGGUGAGCACCAUCGCACGCCUCCAGAACGUCCUCACCAGCCUGGGAAUACAGCUCGAUGGGCAAACACUCCCCUGACCCGCUGAAAGUCAGGACAGUCCCCACAGGACAGUAGACUCUGUGCCUCCUUCGCUUUCAAAGCAUUCAGAACUACAUUGUCUGUCAGGUGGUGGUGACUCCUGGAGGAGCAGCAGUGAAAGGACUGAGAGAAAGAUGCUAAAAGGCUCCAAAAUGUUGGGUUUUUGUAAGAAUAGAGUGGAGGAGUUGUCUGGUCGAAAAGCGUGAAAUAAAGCAGCAAGUUGGUUAAAGUAGAAAGAAUCUUCUCUCUCCAACAUUAAACAAACUGCCCUCAGAGUUAGCACUGCCCCUGGCCUGUAAAAACAGACCUGCACCUGUGUUUUACAGACGCCUUCCUCAGAGUCCAAUGCAACAAGUCUAAAACGGCCAAAGAAUAUUUUUGUAUUUAAGCUGGAAGAACAAAGAGUCCAAUUCACAGUACUCUGAAACGUGACGAAAGUCAUCGUUACAGAAGUCCCAACACACAAAAAAACGAGUCGUUCCCAAAGAAAAACAACAAAAAAGUGUCAAACAAUGAUGUAAUGUUUUUGCGUGAAUGUUUUCCAAAGGUAGAAUCCGACUUGAGCUAAAUGAUGCUGGUUCUUGAACUGGUGCUGACAUGGAGGAGCCGGGUCAGGAGCAGGAGGGGAGGUGGGGAGGCUUUCUCCUCUAUUUUUUGAUUCUUCCUCUGCAUUUGUAGUUUUACUUCCUGGCCCUGUACAUCUGAACUUCAUUUAGCUCCAGCAGCUUUACAGGAAGUGCAACACAAUAUAUCCAGUUCAUUUCACAUCCUGUUUUUCACCUUUCACAUACACAUCAUCGAUUCAUCUGUGGAGGUGGAACGGCCCCGAAACAAUGGCUCUGCCUUUCCCGGCCAGGGGAAGUCCGGAUCGGCUCCUCUUCAGUUACUGCAAACGAGACUCAGGUGUGAAACCUGUGCUGUCGAGACAAUCUGUAACCUUUAACUCCUUCGCUGUAUUCAACACUGAAGUCCUCACGGCUGAGCAGCAGCUCCGUGUGAAUGUUACCGUGUGUGCGUGCACCUCACUGAUUUCAACACACUGUACGGAAACGUACUUUGCUUUUACUCGUGUUUCCUUUUUUUGCACAUCUUUUUUCUGUUUUAUUCGUUUGUUUUUCAGUCUGUACCUUCAAAUACAGUUCAUAUACUUUCAGCA